UCUCGUGCGAAUGAUGCAGCGCGAGCUCAGAGCCAAAUACAGUUUGUUGAGUUUGACGCUGUCAUUAUCAGAACUGCGCCAUUAAUUUCCCUUCCAGUGAGCACUUGGUGAUGGAAACACACAAAGAAACGACUCCUCAGUGGAAAACAACGGUUAUAGUCAGCACCUCUCUCCAGAGCCAUGACACGGGCAGGAUGCUAAGCGCGCAGCAGCACCGAAUCAGGUUCUCAGACAGUGUUGAGUCCGGAGCCUUCAUUUUCCCUCUGUCAGGUACGGCAUUUCUGUUGGUUGACCCUCAAGACCUCCUGGAGAAUUUUGAGGAACCUGGACUCAUUGAGAGGAUCAAGACUUUUGUGCAAGUACACCGGAACAGCUUUCUACUUCUGUACGCCCCCUUUAAUGGGAAAAAGGAGUUGGAAAUCUUGUCAGUGAUUCAGCACAGAUUCUUUGGCAGCAAUCUCAGGAUCCUGCCUGUGCGAAACAAUGCUGAGAUUGUCAAAGGAAUGUUGACAAUCGCCAAGGCCACCAGUAAGCCCCAUGUGGACAGUAUCCGUGACCGGAUGUCUCUGGCUCGGGCUCACAUCAUUGAAAGCAGUCCUGUGUGGGAGAUGCUAAGAGACAUUCUUUAAAGCUAAGCAUAUGAUCCAGCAUUUAUUCCACACACUUAACACUUGUGUUGUUUUAUUUGAUGCUAACCAGUACAAGCUUUACUUGGAAAAUAUACAAAAGCAGGUUUAAAAGAUGUGUUUCAAUAUGUUAGCACAGUUUAAUCUAUUUUUUAUAUUCUUACAAAAACUUUGGUGUAGAAAAAAGAAUUCAACAAGUGUUUUUUGUAACAGCAAAUAUAUUAAAACACCAUUUCUGAAAAUAGCCCAGCAGUCUGAAGUGAC